GGUAAUCAAGCAAAAUGUUAAAAAAAAUAGUCUUAGUUGUGGGUGCAUCUUUUUCUGCAUUAUUUGCCAUCUAUUUGCUAAGAAGAAAAACUUGUUCUAAAAAUUCAAAAGAAACCACUAAUGAUGCCAAAAACAGUAUGAAACAGAAUUAUGUAAAUAAUAAACCCUCUACUGCUGAUAGUGUCAAAAAUGGAAUUAUACAGGCACUGGAACAAGAUGUUUUGCAAGGCCUAGAAUGCAACUCCAAAAAAGAAAUAAAUGAUUCUGGUUCUUCCAAAAAUGGUGCAAAUUCAGAUCCAAGCAAUGAACUGCAAUCCUGCUCAAAGAACAUAGUUAAUGAACCAUUAUCUCUAAAUGGUUCAGUGUCUGCCUGCUCCAGUGAAACUGACCAAGCUAAAACCUCCAGCCUUCAGAAUCAACUAAACAAUGAUCACCUUGGAUCUCUGACUCCAACUGAAGCUCAAGAUUAUCAAGAAGAUUCCAAAGAAAAAAUUACUGCUAUUAAAGAAGAUAAACAAUUGGCUGUAGCAGCUUCAAGUGAUACACAAAAAAAACCUUCAGAGAAAGCAUCUACUCCACUUCAAGGAGAUUUGAGUGACACUGAGGAUUUACCAGAUAUUUUAAUUCCGGAGACAAAUCUGACCAGCCUAGAAGUGAUAGUUUCAUCAUCAAAUAGCCAUCUUGUCAUGAAUGGUAGUGACUCUUCAUCAAGCAAUCAUACAAUGUCUGAUGUGAGCAAAUUUAUUGCAUCCUCUCAGGAUGCAUCUACUUCAGUUGUGUCUUCUAUAGUUGAAAUUGGACCAAUCAUUGUCUCAAAUUCUGAAGAUGUGCACUCAAACUCAGUUGAUACAGCUGUUGAAGCAUGCGAUGUUGCUGUUUCAGACACAAACAUAACAGAAAAUAUUGCUUUAAAAAUUGUUGUUUCUGAAGCAUCUUCUGAACCAGUUUUAACAGAGCCCAAUGAUUUAAAAUUUGUAAAUGAAGAAGUGCAGCAAGAUUCGCAGGAUUCAUCAGAGAAUUCAGCUAAAAUGCCUCAGAUCUUUGUUUUGGCAGCUGAUGGACAAGUGAAUAAGACAGAUGCAGUUUUAGGUGGCAGCACAAGAAUUGAAAAUCCUGAUGAAUAUGUACAAGGUUUUGAUGCUCUCACAUGUUCAACCAUAGAUAGUUUAGUAUCAGAAAACACAGUAGAUUAUGGCAGCACUUGGAGCAAUGGGUCCAAUUCAGUUCCCAGUCAAAAUGGUCACUGUGUUACUUUGCCCGAUAUCAACCAAGCAGCUACGGAGCUGAGACCUGAUGAACCACAAAUCUGCCACUUCUACGACAACCACUGCUUUCCAGUGUACCACACAGGGGAUGACUCUGAUUCAUAUGAUCAGAGAAGAAAAUGGCCACAGCCUGAGGAUGGGCUUGUAUUUGUGCCAGCAUCAGAUGGGCAGCCUCUUGUUCCUAAUUACUUAAGGAAUGUAGAUUUUCUCAAAAUGCGACCCAUUCCAUCCCAUAAUCCUGACACACUUGCAUUCCUGGCUAACAACAUGACUUGUUUACAGUAUCCUCCUGAGGCAUGGGUGCGAGUUAUCAGCGUGUCUGAGUGCCUUCAGCUGCGGGUACGUACUGACCAGCGGGACAUGAUGUGUGAACAAAUGGAGAGCUUGGGCAUCUGCAACCCUCGCUCCAAGCCACCUAAAUUGGACAAACUUGCUGUUGGGAGUUUUGUAGCUGCCAAAUUGGACGUCCCAGGGAAGGGUCAUGUGUGGUGUCGUGCAUUCAUCACUAGUGUCAUCCAACCAGCUGAACAAGGGGCUAAAGAAACUCCAUUAAAAGCCUCUCGGUCUAAAAACUCAAAAAAUAAGGAACCAAUGUUCAUGGUGGAGAGUGUUGACCACUUCCCUGCUGCCAGCACCAAGCCCCUGCGAUUGUCUGAUCUUAAGAAGCUCAAUGAUCACGCUUGGAAUGCUCCCUUCUUUGACCAGCCUGUUAGCCUGCUCAACACCAUGCCCAAAGACGGCGUCGCCUAUGGAAGCGAUGCUCGCGCCUUCCUACUUGACCUGAUCCGCAAGGGCAACAACUACCUGCGUGUAGUGAUAGUCUUCAGCACCGUCAUUGACAGCUCCCUGCACUACUUUGCCUCUCUUGCGUCCUGCACUCACCGCGUCCGGGGAUUGGAGCAGUUGACGUACAUAGAGAAGGAACUCGUCAGUGCUGGAUUCGCUACCCUUAUCUACAGUGGCUCACUAGCAAGCCGCUACUUCUUCCACUGCUGCAUGUUCAAACACGGCCAAGCUUUCUGGUAUGACGACCAAAGAAGCCCUCGUCCCAGUAUGGCGUCUGCCGGUCAGCAGCAUGUGCUGCAGGAGUAUGCGUUCCUUUUGUACGAAGAUGGGCCAGCGGUCAGGGGGUAUCGGGGUUUUAGGCUGCCAUUCUUGCAUGAUGCAUGGAACUCGAAAAAGUUGGGAUUGAACAUCAGCAUGCACGAGCUGUGUGUUGUGAUGAAGCAACCUGGCGCCUUCAUCAGUGACCCGGAACAAUUUCUCUUGGAAAUAUUCAGUGACCCCCAGAGCGUUUUCGGCAUGGAACUUUAUUGUGAUGCGCUGCACUUCAUGUAUACGGCCGACUUGAAGGCCAAGCCUGGCGAUCCUGACAUCCACUACGCCUACUUCUUUGAUAAAAAUCUUAAAACUCCACUUCCGAUGCCAAAAGAUGACCUCAACUUCCUCAUUCCCAACUCAGCACACAGUUUGCGUCAUCUCUACCGCAAAAUUUAUACUGUUGAGACUCUGAGGAAGCCCCUCGCUGUGUAGCUUGUAUUUGUCUCUACAGUAGUAUCCUAAAUAUUUGUUUGUGUGCCUUAGGUGAAUUUAUCGGGAAAAAAAUAUUCUAAAUCACAAUUAGAUGCUUAUAACAUUUUUUCAGUAUGAUGCCAUAUUGUUAAUUCAGUAAUGUAGUACAGUGUGGGUAUACUUCAUUUUCAUUAUUUUCUCAGUUUGUCAGUGUUCUACUACUGUUGGAAGCUUUUGCUAUAGAAGUCGGUGAAUUGUUCUAAAUCACGUAUCAUUUAAAAGCUAAUAUUAUAACCAAUUGAUGAUAAAAACUCCUUUCACUGGUACUCUAAACUAUCUAAAACUCCUUUCACUGGUACAAGCAGUAGCUCUGUUGCAUGAUCAUAUUUAGUGUGGUUCGACUAGUGUCACGAAAAUGUCACAUUAACCUGAGCUAUUCAUGAUUUUUCAGUUUAGAGACAAUCAAGUUUUAUGUAGGAUCAUUUUUGCCUUGAUUGUAACGCUUCAUACUGUCAUGAAUAACGUAUGGGUCAUUUGAUGUAUUAGAAAUCCGAAUGAAUUUCAAUUGAUCUUAGUUAGGGAUUAGAAACGUUUCUGGUUUUCAAGUUUUUUAUUGCUCACUGCUCUCACGUAGUUCAGAUUGGACUCUGGCUUAGCUCACAUCUUUGACUGCUGUAUUGGUCAUUAAAACAGUUCAGCCAC